UUCAUUAAAAUUAACAUCUCUCUCUCUCCUUAGCUAACAAAAGCAAAUACUUGUCAUUUUCUUACUUUCUUCCUUCCUCUCUCUAGAGUUGUAUAUCUGAAUUGAUAUUGAUGAUCAAAAUGUCCAAAAUGCCUUUGAUUACUUUGUUCAUGGUCAGUUGGCUGAUGGCUGCGGCCACAGCUGGAAAUUUCUACCAAGACUUCGACAUCACUUGGGGCGAUCACCGAGCUCAAAUACUAAAUGGAGGCCAACUUCUCACUCUCAAUCUUGACAAGGCUUCUGGGUCGGGUUUUCAAUCCAAAAAUGAGUACUUGUUCGGUAGAAUCGACAUGCAAAUCAAACUUGUACCUGGGAAUUCAGCUGGCACCGUUACUGCUUACUAUUUAUCUUCUCAAGGUCCAACUCACGAUGAGAUUGACUUUGAGUUUUUGGGAAACUUAUCUGGAGACCCUUACACACUCCAUACAAAUGUCCUCAGUCAAGGAAAGGGAAACAGAGAACAACAAUUCCAUCUUUGGUUUGACCCCACUAAGGCCUUCCACACCUAUUCCAUCGUUUGGAACAAGCAACGUAUCAUUUUCUUAGUGGACAACAUUCCAAUCAGGGUGUUCAACAACUUGGAAUCAACUGGUGUCCCAUUUCCCAAGAGCCAACCAAUGAGGAUUUACUCAAGCUUGUGGAAUGCUGAUGACUGGGCAACAAGAGGUGGGCUUGUCAAGACUGACUGGACAAAAGCUCCUUUCACUGCCUCCUACAGGAACUUUAAGGCCAAUGCUUGUGUUUGGUCAGCUGGAAAAUCAAGCUGCGACUCGAAGAGUACUUCCGCCGCCUUUGAGGAUGCCACGUGGCAGGAUCAAGGGCUGGACGCCGCCGGCCGGAACAGACUCCGAUGGGUGCAACAGAAGUACAUGGUUUACAACUACUGCACCGACUCCAAACGCUUCCCUCAAGGCCUCCCUCCUGAAUGCAAGCGAUCGAGAUUCCUCUAAACGUAUUCAUAAUGAAUCAGUUAUUCAUUGUUGCAUAUAAUUUGAUACUCAAUUUGUUUGUUUAUUCGUUUUGUGAGUUUUGAGAAACUAUACUUACAGUAUCAAAUUCUUUUAUUCUAUUUGAAAAUAUUUAUAAGUGAAGUGUUUGAUAA